AUGGUUAACGCCUACGUCGUUGUCAUCCUCUCGCUCUCGUUUCUCUUCUUGAUUCACUGCCUCCUCUUCCGCCGCCGCGGCAGGAGCAAUGGUGCGCAGCUGCCUCCGAGCCCUCCAGCCAUCCCGUUCUUCGGCCACCUCCACCUCAUCGAGAAUCCGUUGCACGCCGCGCUGUCCCAGCUCGCCGAGCGACACGGCCCGGUCUUCUCGCUGCGGCUCGGCUCGCGCAGCGCCGUCGUGGUGUCGUCGCCGGAGUGCGCCAGGGAGUGCCUCACGGAGAACGACGUGUGCUUCGCCAACCGCCCGCGGUUCCCCUCGCAGCUGCCCGUGUCCUUCGAUGGCACGUCUCUGGGCAACUCCAACUUCGGUCCGCACUGGCGCAGCCUCCGCCGCAUCGCCUCGGUCCAUUUCCUCUCCGCGCAACGCGUCGGCGGCAUGUCCGGCGUCAUCUCCGACGAGGUGCGCGCCAUGGCGCGGAGGAUGUACCGUGCUGCCUCCGUCUCCCCCGGCGGCGCCGCGCGCGUCCAGCUGAAGCGGAGGCUGUUCGAGCUCUCGCUCAGCGUUCUCAUGGAGGCCGUAGCCCAGACCAAGACGACCCGUCAAGAGGCGGACGGCACGGACGCAGACACGGACAUGUCCGUGGAGGCGCAGGAGUACAAGCAUGUCCUCGACGAGCUCAACCCGCUGCUCGGCGCGGCCAACCUGUGGGAUUACUUGCCGGCGCUCCGGUGGUUCGACGUGUUCGGCACGAAGCGCAAGAUCAUGACCGCGGUGAACAAGAGGAACGCAUUCGUGCGCCGGUUGAUCGACACAGAGCGGCAGAGGCUAGACGACGACGACGACGACGGAAGCAGCAACGGCGCGAAGAAGAGCAUGAUUUCCGAGCUGCUUACUCUGCAGAAGACAGAACCAGAGGUCUACACCGACACUGUGAUCAUGACGCUUUGUACAAGUUUGUUUACUGCUGGAACAGACAGUACGUCAACCACGAUAGAAUGGGCGAUGUCUCUUCUACUAAACCAUCCCAAGAUACUCAAGAAAGCACAGGCCGAAAUAGACUCAUACGUCGGAAACUCUCGGCUGAUCGCUGCAGAAGAUAUGCCUCAUCUUAUCUAUCUCCAAUGCAUCAUCAGCGAGACGCUUCGCCUAUACCCCGUGCUACCCUUGCUGAUACCUCACGAAUCGUCGGGGGAUUGCAGGGUUGGUGGCUACGACGUCCCGAGCGGAACGAUGCUGCUUGUCAACAUCGUCGCCGUCCAUAGGGACCCGAGUGUUUGGAAGGACGCCGAGACGUUUAGGCCAGAGAGGUUCGAGGACGGCAUGCGUGACGACGGGUUGCUCGUGAUGAUGCCGUUCGGGAUGGGAAGGCGAAAGUGUCCUGGGGAGACGCUGGGCUUGCGAGUGGUCGGGUUGGCGUUGGGCACGCUGAUCCACUGCUUCGAUUGGGAGAGAGUUGACGGUGUGGAUGUCAGCAUGGCUGAAGGUGGGGGGCUUUCCAUGUCCAAGGUUGUUCCAUUGGAGGCCAUGUGCAAGCCUCGUGAUACCAUGGGUGAUGCUCUUGGGAAGUUAUUUUGACUAUGUUUGUAUUUAUGCAUGGAAGCUUGAGAUCUAUAAGAUGUGGUCAGGUCAUCAAUUCCUAUUGUUCGUCGGGAAAACACUGUAGUUGCAUUUGUUCUUCGUAUUUUGUUCAACCGAAUGUCUUUCUUUUCGUAGAGUUCUGAUUGGUUGUGAUUUACGAUUUGGUAUAACUUGGUUUCUAGGAUUGUGUGUAUUCAAUUAAAUUAUGGUAUGAUUUGUUUAAGUGGAUGCUACA